GCCGUCUGGGGCAGGCUCCCGAUGAAGGAUGAGGAGGAGGUGCGCGCACUCUGGCGCGAGUACGUGGCGCGCGCGUACGAGGCCGACGUCUUUUCCGACGGCGACGCCACGCGCAAACCGAAACAUCGCCGCAAGCGGCCGGCGGCCGGCGCGGCGGCUGCUGCGAGUGGGAGUGGCGGCGGCAGCGGCGCGAGCGGCGCCGGCGGCGGCGGCGCGGGCGGCGAGGACCCGCCGCCGCCGCUGCCCGGCCGCCGCGUCCGCGUAUGGUGGCCGGCUGAGAAGCGCUGGUUCCGCGGGCUCGUGCUCAGCAGCAGCGCCGCCGAGGGCCACACCAUCAAGUACGAGGACGGAGAGGUGCUACGCCACCUGAUGGAGAGGGAGGGCUGGCGGUGGGACUACGUCGAGACGUCGGGCCGCGUGGCGCGGGCGGCGGGCAGGUCGUCCGACGCGGCGAGCAGCAGCGGCGGCGAGGGCGGCGGCGGCGGCGGCGGUGGCUUCAGGCGCCCCGCCCCGCUGGCGGUGCAGUUCCCGUGGGAGCUCUCCGGCAGCGCCGAGCCGUCGCCUGUGGAGCCGCGGCCGCCAAAGCCGCCGAAGCCGCCAAAGGAGUGGACGCCGUCCCCAUCGUGCGAGGCGUGCGCCGGCAAGCACCGGCCGCACACGUGCGGCAAGGUGAAACGGCGGUGA